AUGAAGGAAGAGCCUGCGCCAGUAGAGGAACCACUCGCCGGCAUCCAAGAAGCAUCGGACCCGACAGAUCCACAACCUCCGCCUCAAGCCGUGCCCAUUCAAGGCGAGAGUCUCCCGCCACUCCACCCUCCGGCACGCUCCGCCGCAGCAACACCACCUGUUCUCUCGGCUGCAAACACCAGACCCAACUCCAUCCCCCCGCAACCAUCCGUCAAGCCCGACAAGCCAGCCGCUCACGGUGGACCGACAAGACAGUACCUCAAUCAAAACAUCACGCCACAUCUGCUGGAAGGCAUGAAGCACAUCGCCUUCUACGAGCCAGAGAAGCCGUUGCUGUGGCUGGCCGACUUUCUACGGGAUCGCAGUAAAGAGAUUGAGGGCUAG